AUGGCCGACGUGCGAUCGCUUCUGCGCAGCGAACUAGCUUCCCGCAAGGGUACAUCCCAACCAAAUACAACAGGAAAUCGGAUUACCAAGAAGCGCAAGGUCGACAGCGGCGAUGGAGUAAUGCGAAAAAAGAUCCGUGCCGCUGAAAUCGAUGUGCUUCAUCAUACCUCCGGUGCAACAAGCACCGAUCAACCCAUCGAGGAAGAGGUUUCGGAGCAAGUUGAGGCUGAUGUCGCUGGCCCAGAACCUCCACUUGAUAACCAACAAGAGAUUACCGGGUCAGCUGUAGACCUUGCAGAAGACUCAUCGAAGCAGCCGCUUCAGAAUCCACCUGCGACGAUUGACGAAGAUGAAUGGGCGGCAUUUGAACGAGAGGUUGCCGCGCCCUCGCGUUUACCACAUGCACCGGCGGCUGUUGCAGCCGAGGCUACGAUAUCGGCAGCCCCAAUGACAACGGCAGAACUCGCUGCGCAACAAGAGAGGGCGAAGGUGCCGACUGCUCGCACCCGUGAAGCGGAGAUGGAAGGGGAGCGGGAGGAUGCCGCGCGGUUUUUGGAGGAAGAGUUUGAUGAAAUGGAUCAGUUGGAGGAGCGGGUGCGAAGACUCAAGCAAAAACGCGAGGAGCUUCGAAAGGCCCGCAUCCAAGAUCAGACACAUGAUGAGCCGAUGGGCUCUGCCGCAAUGCAGCAAGAUGCUGCUGACAGCGAGAGUGACGAUGAUGAUGAUGAUGACGACGAGGACUGGGAUGAUUGGAGAUUAAAAUGA